GAUCCCAAAUAACUCGGGGUGUUCAGUUGCAGGACCAGCGUUGCCCCCAGGCUAUAAAAGCAGCUGCAGCUCAGAAGCUCCUGACAGUGAGGAGGACACAAACUCUGAAGAGGAGACAGAAGGAGACCCAGCACCCAAAAAGCAAAAAAGAAUUCAGGAAGACGGUGAUGAUGAUGAUGAUGAUGAUGAUGGUUUCUUUGGGCCUGCUCUUCCUCCCGGAUUUAAAAAACAAGAUGAUUCUCCAGAGAGGCCCAUUAUAGGUCCUGCAUUACCUCCUGGCUUUAGGAAACCUCCCCAGGACACUGGGAACAGCAGAUGUUGCACAGGACCCUCUGUUCCAUCAGAAUCCCACAACCAGGUGACAGACAGCAGUGAGGAAGAAGACAACCUGAUAGGCCCAAUGCCUGCAAAGGGCCCCGUGGAGUCUGAUGUGGCUGAAGAAUUUGAGCGCAGGGCUCAGAGAAUGAAGGAGAAACUGACUUCAGCAGACAGUGAUGAACCCAAGCAAGUCACCAGGGAAUCGUGGAUGACAGAGCUUCCACCUGAACUGAAAAGCUUUGGAUUUGGGCCAAGAACCUUCAAGAGAAGAGCUGAUGACAAAUCAGGUGAUAGAUCUAUCUGGACAGACACUCCAGCUGACAGAGAGAGAAAAGCCAAGGAAAGGGAAGAGGCAAAGAAGUCAACCAGCAAAGACAAUGGAGAAACUGUGUUAUCUGGGAGAGACAAGAGACUUAUUGAGCAGGUGACUUCAUACAAUGAGUCAAAGAGGUCAGAAUCCCUCCUGGACAUGCACCAGAAAAAGCUGAAGAGCAAAACCUCUGAAGAAAGGAGCAAACCUCAGGAGAGGAGACCCUUUGACCGAGACCAGGAUCUCAAAGUCAAUCGAUUUGAUGAAGCACAGAAGAAAGCUCUGAUCAAAAAAUCCAGAGAUCUCAAUUCUAAGUUUGAGCACAGUAAAGGCAAUAUGUUUUUAUAACAAGAAAAGCAUAAAGCUUUUUUUUUUUUUUGAAGCUAAUUAAGCUUUGAAUACUUAAUUUUUUAAGUAUUUUUUUUCUCCUGUAAAUAUUUGUAUGCAGAAUAAAUAUCCUGAUGUUUAACU